AUGGGAGGCUUGUGGGGUGGCGAGUAUGGGCAAGAAGAUGUCAGCUACGGCGCCAUCAGAGCGGAAUGUGUCGACGUCGAUGGCGGCUGGGAGCACGGUGGCAAUGAACCAACGCCUUUGCCUUUCCGUCCGAAAGGGGACGCAGGAGCAAACCGCAAACGACCCGAGCAUCGCAAAGCCGCUGGGCAACACCACCAUCCCGGUGGCUCUCACUCACGACAACGACCAGCUGCUUGUCCCCCUCCUGUUCACUAUGAGACGCAGGACUCCCUUCCAUUCUGCACCGCGGCCCGCAAGCUCCGGGUUACGUUGACGCGGUCGAUCGACUACUUCAAGAGAUUCUACCGCGAAUUUCAGAAAGAAACGAGGGCUCUCUCUACGUAUGCCGACCUUGACCUGAUCAACCGGGCCUGGCAGAGAAAGAUUCGAAACAGCGAGCGAUACCUUAGGCCUCGGAGCAAGGGAGGCAAAGACAAUGCGGGAAGAAAAGACCAAGGCGGUUUUCCAGGAGACAAUACGAACAACAGCGACAACGGCAACGGUGGCACCUCUGGUCAGGAUGCGUGGAAAUCCUCUAUCCGUGAGGACAUGACCUAUGAGGCCACCAUACCAGAUCUGCGCACGUUUUCGGAACUACAGAGAGAGGUGAUUGAGCGCGUCACUGCGUUGUACCAGGCCAAACUCCCCCAAUCACGUCUCCGCGCACCCACCGACAAGCACAGCUUGUCCUCCUACCCGAACAGCCCAUUCGGAUCCUACUCCGAUGAUGAGGACUAUUCUGGUCCCGAGGACCGCCAGAUCCUUGAACAAUGGAAGCUGGCGCUGACAUUGAAGCGACACGUGCAGGAUUCGUAUGGACAACUGAUUCGAGUAGUGAGGGCAAUGGACAAGGAUUACAUGGCCGUGACCCCAGCGGCCAGGGAGCUCGAAAUGCUCAAGAGGGAUUUGGAAAUCUACCGCCGCGGUUGGGACGAGACAUAUCGGAAUGAAGAAGAUGACGAGGACGGUGACGAGGGUAGAGGAGACAAAAGCCGUGCUGAGACGGAGGAGAUGGCGGCUGGUGGUGGCUUUUAG